AUGCCGCCUCCCACAUGUCUUCGGAGCUUCUCGCAGCUGUCGCUUGAUGCCGCCGCCCAUGGAUGCAUUGCACCGCGCGUGCUGCGCCCCCAGAUAGCCUGCUUUUCCACGUCGUCUGCCCGCUACGCCGUGACAGGACCCAAGAAGAAGGGCAUGACCGCCGCCCCCAAGAAGGGUGUCAAGUCUCUGAACACGAAGAAGGGUAGAGGAGCAUCAGGAGGUGACUCGGGCAAGCGGCCCGCCCAAGGAGAGCGCAAAGCCCAGCGGAAGCGCAUCGUUCUGAGUAACGACAACGCACUCGAAGUAUCUUCGCUGCGGGACCUCACCAAGGACAAUGUUCUCAGCGAACAGAAUGAGGGCAAGGUCAUGGGAUUGCCGCAGGAGACUGUAGUGGAUGCGCUGCGAGCCGUCGAGGCAUUCAAAACAAGCCAGGGAUGGGGCCUGUUCCGCCGACCAGCCGUAUUGAUGAGGAAGGAGGCGAUUGAACUCGCGAGGCUGUUCAACGAGGCCGAGAGCUCCAAGAAGACAAUAAGACGGAUACUGUGCGGACAAAGAAUGAGCGGGAAGAGCACAUUGAUACUUCAAGGCCUUACUAUGGGUUUUCUACGGGACUGGUUUGUGAUCAACAUCCCAGAAGCCCAAACCCUCGUCAACGCGCAUACAGACUAUGCACCUCUUCCCAACUCAGAACCGAUGCAAUAUACUCAAGAUACGUACACGGCAAAUCUUCUACAGCAAAUCCUCCUGUCCAACGGGGCAUUCCUUGCUGCCACAAAACUGAGCACGCAGCCUGAACUGCCUCUGCCGCUUCCUGCGGGUGCUACACUGAAAGAGCUGGCGGCGCUUGGUAUGGCCAACCCCGAGGCAUCAUGGCCAGUCUUUGUCGCGUUAUGGAAUGAACUGUCUCUACCCGGUCGUCCACAAAUUCUGCUUGCGCUCGAUGGUCUGUCGCAUAUCAUGCGCCACUCCGAGUACAUGUCUGCAGAAGUAAAGCCAAUUCACGCUCACGACCUGACUCUUGUACGCCACUUCGUCGAUCACCUUUCAGGUCAAAGGAAACUACCCAACGGCGGCGUAGUGCUCGGCGCAACAUCACGAUCAAACGCCCCUACGUCACCAGCCAUGGACCACUGCAUCGAAGCAGCCGAAGCCCGUCAGAAGUCUGCAGACAAACUGCCAGAAUGGAACCCCUACAAGAGCGUAGACGUGCGCGUUAUGGAGGCUCUCAAGGAUCUCCACAGCGACUCCAAGGAGCUUGACAUUAUCAAUGUCGGUGGGCUGACGAAGGAAGAGGCCCGGUCGAUCAUGGAGUACUAUGCCGAAAGCGGGAUGCUACGACACCAAGUCAAUGAGGGCUUCGUGGCGGAGAAGUGGAGCCUGGCGGGUAUGGGCAACAUUGGCGAGCUAGAGAAGGCAAGUGUACGGAUGCGGUUGUAG